UUCAGUCUCUCUCUUGCUUUGUGCCAGCAGCGCAAGAUCAGGCAGCCGGGCCGCGACUGCAACAUCUGGCUCUUCGAUCGGGAGUGGAUGCCGGCACACCUGUCGGUGCGCGACCGAGUGGUGCUGGUAGAAGCCGAGCUGGACUUCACCAUCACGAUGCUGCAGCUCUCCACCCACCCUGGCUUCACCAAGAUGCGCCAGCGGCCCCUGGACUUCCUCACCCACGCCCGGGAGCAUCUGCGGGGCUGUGUGUCUCCCUCACAUCAGCCCUCGGGGGAAGUGAGCCAGUGGCUGCAGAGCCUGCAGGAGGCCAUGGGAAGGGAGAACAUCGGCUGCCUGCAGGACUACGCCGUCCGCCACGUCCUCGAGGUGCUGGAAGACCUGAAGUGCACUGCCCUGCAGGAGCGAUGCUCUUAGCCCCCACCACCGGCCCCAAAGGACACCCCAAGGACUGGGAAAAACAACUGCUAUUGCAUCGCUGGACUGUACUUCCUAUUUAAGCCUUUUUUCUUACUCAUGUGGGCUCAGAGAACAAUUCUUUUUCACAAUCUUUUAAAUUAUUGGCAUUUAUUGUGUACUUAUAAAUGUCUCAGGGGGAGGUGAAGAAAUGCUCCUCCUGAAAGAAUGGGAAAUGAACGUAUUUAUUGGAUAUCUU